UUUUCUUCUCUUCCAGCAACAAUCGCGCAUUGCGCAACCACAACUCACGAUGGGUACCGGAAAGAAAGAAGGCACGCGCAAGAUCCGCCAGGGGAAGGUGGGCGAUGGCAUGGCCAAUGUCAAGGUCAAGGGCGAGAACUUUUAUCGGUAUGUUCGCUGGCUGAUGUUGAUGCGAUGGAACUGGCCGGCGCUGACUGACUGAACCCUAGCGAUGCAAAGAAGGUCAAGACUUUGAACAUGUUCAAGGAUGGCAAAGCUCAAAGAAACGCAGCUGGAGAUGUCACAAAAUCUGCUUCUUUCCAGAGUCGGCAGGUACCCACGGCACGAAUAGAGCCCAACCGGAAAUGGUUCACCAACUCCCGAGUUAUUGGCCAAGAUGCGCUCGCAUCCUUCCGAGAGGCGAUGGCAGAGAGGGCCUCAGAUCCGUAUUCCGUCCUGCUGAAAAGUAACAAGCUGCCAUUGAGCUUGAUUAGGGACGGGCAAGGAAAGAAUGGAAUCAAACAGCAUCAAGCCAAGAUGACUGUUGAGACAUCACCUUUUGGUGAAGUAUUUGGCCCUAAGGCGCAACGAAAACGAGUGCGACUCGGUGUUAGCACGCUUGAAGAUCUUGCGGAAGACAGCGUGAAGUCUCAGGAUACAUAUCUCGAUCGACUCGACGAGGCCAAACUCUUGAGUGGCAACUCAGGUGCAGAUACUGAACAAAUCGGUGAAGCUGUCGCACCAGACCAUGGCUACAUUUCCAGUGCACGAGAGGCAAUCUUCAACAAAGGUCAAAGUAAACGAAUUUGGAACGAGUUAUACAAAGUCAUCGACUCGUCGGAUGUUGUCAUUCAUGUCUUAGACGCCCGCGAUCCCCUAGGAACGCGAUGUCGAAGUGUUGAGAAAUAUAUUAAAGAGGAGGCACCUCACAAGCAUUUGAUAUUUGUGUUGAACAAAUGCGAUCUGGUGCCAACUGGUGUUGCUGUAAGUUUUACUUCUUCCUGUCUUCCGAUCACAUCCCUUCGUUCCAUCGUUAAGUCAAGGCUCCUUCUGCAUUUUUAUGCUAUUCGCAAUGGAAGGUUGUCUGUUACAACUUUGGUAGAUUGACUCCGGUCUCGCCGCUCUUGGUCUCCGGGCCUUUAGUAGAUAGCUCACCGUCUUGGAGAGUCUAUCGUAAAGAGGCCGGUUCUGUUUCGUUUGAGUUGAAGGCUACCCCCACACCAGUGGCUUGUAGUGGUUUUCUUAGUAAUGAUUCAUACAUUCUUUCCUCAAAGAAAUCCCAAGUUUUGUGGCACUUGAACUGACAAAACCACAGGCUUCUUGGGUUCGCUUUUUAUCAAAAGACUAUCCCACACUUGCUUUCCAUGCUUCAAUAACAAAUUCCUUUGGGAAAGGUUCCCUAAUUCAACUUCUCCGCCAAUUUUCUUCCCUUCACUCCGAUCGCAAACAAAUAUCUGUUGGCUUCAUCGGCUACCCUAAUACUGGAAAAUCCUCAAUUAUCAACACACUACGAAAAAAGAAGGUCUGCACUGUUGCGCCAAUCCCUGGAGAGACCAAGAUAUGGCAAUACAUCACCCUUAUGAAGAGGAUAUACUUGAUUGAUUGUCCCGGUGUCGUGCCUCCUAGUACAACAGAUACCCCACAGGAUAUCCUGUUGAGGGGAGUUGUGCGUGUCGAAAACGUAGAGAAUCCAGAGCAGUAUAUUCCAGCUGUCUUGAGUAAGACAAAGCCACAGCAUAUUGAGAGAACAUACCAACUCAAAGGUUACAAUGAUCACACUGAGUUCUUGGAGUUGCUGGCCCGAAAGGGUGGAAGAUUGCUACACGGUGGAGAGCCAGAUGUGGAUGGUGUCGCCAAAAUGGUACUGAAUGAUUUCCUUCGGGGCAAGAUCCCUUGGUUCACACCGCCACCUCUUUUGGAAGGUGCGGAGGAGAAAGCUGGCGUUGAAGGCCGCGCAGGCAGACUAGGUGAGAUGGGCAAGAAGAGAAAACGUGACGAUGAAACAUCCGUCGCUGAUACUUCCGCCGCCCCCGGUUCAACUGUCGCAGACGAAGAAGAGGUCUUUGAGGGUUUCGGCAGCGAUGAUGGUGGAGUCGAGAUGAAUGAUGUGGCAGGCGAUGUUGACGCCGCUUUUGGUCUGGAUUCUGACGAUGAAAGCGAUGCUGAUGAGGAAAUGGCAGAGGUAGAGGCCGAGAAUGAAGAUGGGGAUUCAGAGGCCGAUGGUGCAGCGGAGCAGUUACAGGAAGAGCUACAUGAAGAUGCUGGCAAUUCAAGGAGGAAACCUCGGUUGCCCUCGAAGAAGAAGAAACGACAAAAGACAUAA